AAACUAUCGUCCAAUUAUAACAAUGUUUAAAGCAGUAACCAUGAAGUAUCUUAGCUUGUUCAUUCUUGUAUUUCAAAAUCUACUCUAUAUCUUAUGCAUGCGUCAUGCAAGAUCACGAACAACAGAAGUUUUUAUCCCAUCGUCUAUGGUUACAAUGAGUGAAUGCGUGAAAUUUAUCACAUGUCUUCUUGUUCUGAGUUAUGCUGGAGAUUUGAAAAGAACCUAUAAACUCAUGAAACGCAACCCAUUGGAUGUAUUAAUGAAUUUUAUACCUGCUAUAAUCUAUGUCAUACAGAAUCGUUUCUUGAUAGCAGCUUUAAGUAAUUUGGAUGCUGUUACAUUUCAGGUGGCUUAUCAAUUGAAACUUUUCACAACAGCACUAUUCAGUAUGCUUAUUCUUCGAAAACCAGUCAGUACAAUGCAAUGGUUCGCUUUAGUCUUAUUGUUUAUUGGUGUUGCAGCAGUAGAAUCACCUGGUGACAGUAAAACAUCUACACUGCUGCAGCCAGCAGCGCAUAAUCCUCCUUUAGGAUUAUUCUGUGUGGUGUGUGCUUCAAUACUUUCUGGUUUAGGAUGUGUAUUUUUCGAAAUGCUUUUGAAGAAUACAAAAAAGUCAUUAUGGCAGCGUAAUAUCGAGUUAGCAUUUGCGUCGAUUAUUAUCGGUAUACCUGUACAACUUCUUACUGAUUGGAAUGAAAUUCAACAGAAAGGAUAUUUCUAUGGCUUUGAUUGGUUUGUUUGGAUAGUUAUCUUUCUGCAUUCUUUUGGUGGUUUACUCGUUGCUUUAGUUGUUAAAUACGCCAACAAUAUUCUUAAAGCAUUCGCUUGUUGUGUUUCAAUUGUUCUGUCAUGUGCAAUUUCUGUUAUCUUUUUGAAAAUGCAAUUAACUAGUGGUUUCAUUGUUGGUGCACUAGCAGUCAUUAUAUCAUCUGUUUUAUAUUCAAUUUAUCCACCAAAAGUAAAUGUAUCAUAAAAAAGAAACUUUGCCUUAUUUAUUUUUUUGUUUUGUUUUGUUUUUGUAUUAUUUCACUUCACUCCAAUGCCACCUGCUUGUCUUCCCUCUGUGCGCUAUCCUCCGGCCUUUCCUCAGGUGUUAUUAAGCCUUGUCUUUCAUCAACUUAUGCGUUAAACAAUCU